AUGGCUACGUUGGAGGAGAAUAAUAAUUAUUUCUUACAUUACCGACAUUUGAAGCAGGCGAUGGUUAACGAUCUUAUCGUUAAAAAGGUAAAAAUGUAUAUUUUUUUUUUGUUUAUUUAUUAUAUAUUUGUAUUAUUUAUGUUAAAGGUACAUAUAAUUAUGGAGUUCCAGAAAUCACUGUGGCUGGCUACAUAUAUCGAUCUGAAUACCGGGAUGAGGAAGAAGGCAACGAACGAAUUUAAAAAGAAUGAGAAGGACAAACUGAUGAACAAUGCAGUAUUUGGUAAUUUAUUAUUGUUAUUAAAACUUGUCUGUUAUUAUAUAUUUUUUUAUAGGUAAAACUAUGGAAUCAAUGAGAUGGAGGAUUGACAUGGAGCUGGUCUCUAAUGAGAAAAAAGUGCAGAAACUGAUAAGUAAAACAACGUUUAAACACUGUACGACUUAUAACGAAAACCAAUGUGCUGUAUCACUGGAGAAUAAAAUUAUAUAUUUCUACAAACCAAUUUAUAUAGGUAUGUUUCACAAUUAGAAUCUUAUAUUAUUUUUAAGUAUUUUUUUUUUUUUUAUAUGUUUACAGGAUUUGCUGUACUGGAUAUUUCUAAAACAGAAAUGUAUGACUACCAUUAUAAUGUUAUGAAGAAACAUUUCAAAAACUUGAUUAACUUAUUGUACACCGAUACAGGUAAAUUAUUGUUAUUAUUAAUAUUAUUUUUAUUUUUAUUUUUAUUUUUUUUCCUUAUAUUAUUAUUAUUAUUAUUAUUUUUUAGAUUCGUUGGUGUACCUUAUCAAAACUAGUGAUUACUAUGCUAACUUACGUAAUAAUCCGGGAUUGUUGGAAUGUACGGACACCGCCAAUCUACCAGUAGAUCACCCAUGCUACGUUAUUGAGAGGAAGAAGAAACCGGGUUUGUUCUCUGAUGAGUCGGAUGGGAGAACAAUAACCGAGUUUUGUACGCUGCGGGCUAAGGUGUAUACGUAUAAUAUAGAUGGAGUGGAGAAGACCAAGGCAAAAGGAAUCCGAGGACAUGCCGUUAAAAAUCAUAUGACGUUUAACGACCAUAAGAAGUGUCUGUUCGGUGAUGGAGAUUUGAACGUUUAUAAAAAUAAUGUGUCGAUUCACUCGUUCCAUCAUUAACUAAACACCAUCUCUACAAAUAAACUUACCUACAGCAACUAUGAAGAUAAGAGGAUAAAUAUGAGAGACAAAAUACACACAAUGGCAUAUGGACACCACCAACUACUAUAAGACAGUGAAUUUGAAUAUAUAUACCUACUUGUAAAAAAUUGUAAAAUAAAAAAAAACUGAUAAGAUUAGAUAUACAAAAUUGUAUACUUGUGUAACUUAAAAUUAUUUAUCCUAUAUUGUCAAGAGAUUAAAUAAAAACAUAAUUAUUUAAAAGAAAAAACAUGCUUUAUUUUCAUUCAAGUUUUAAAAUAAAAAGGUUCUGAAAGUCUUAACAUUGUUUAUAUAAUUUAUAAAGUAGCACAGAAUGAUAAUAAAAAUUGUUCAUUCGGUAAAUUUCAUGUAUUAGCAACUUAAUAUUCUUAUUAAAAGCCCCAAGACAAUUAAAAAGACCUCGUGUCCAUAUACCAUCCAUUCAAAAGGAAGAUGGAACUUGGGCGCGCAGUGAACAGGAUAAAGCUGAAGUAUACGCACGACAUCUCGAACGUAUAUUUCAGUCAAAUGACAUCGUUUCUGAACUUAACUGCACGCAAUGUCAGCCACUGAAUUCUACAAGAGAAUUCAGAAGGCAUUUUACACCACUCGAAGUGGCUUAUGAAAUUGACACCAACAUCAACACGAAAAAGCCACCUGGGUUCAAUGAGAUCAGCCCACGUAUCCUUUAAGAGCUACCUAAGAAGACAAUUAUCUAUCUUACCCACAUUUACAACGCCAUCUUGCGAACAGAAUUCGUUCCUGAGCAAUGGAAAAGAGCGGAGGUAAUCAUGUUGCUUAAACCCGGAAAACCACCUGAACAAGCUUUCUCCUAUCGACCGAUAGCAUGCAUGUCAAAACUAUUUGAAAAACUUUUUCUUAAGCGUCUUAAUUCAAUUAUUGAAGCAAAGCAACUUAUACCAGAUCACUAG